AUGAAAAUAGAUGAAAUUAUUGCUAAUCCAAAUUUAUGCCCUCCUAAGGAAAGAAAAUCAACAACUCCAAAUAGCAAGGAAUAGAUAAAUAAAUUAGAUUAACUACUCAAAGGGAAUUUGAUUGAGAACAAAGUAAAUGCAAUAGAAUCAAAAAAAGAAAUUUCAUAAUAUAAAUAAAUCGAUAAGAAAAUGCCUUUUAAGGAUAACUACUCAUUAUUGUAUAACUUAUCAAUUGGAAAUAAAAAAAUAGAUUAAUAUACAAAUCAAAAAUAAGUUUAAGAAAUAAAAGAAAUUCCAUAUGUAUUAGAGAAUAUUGGAAAACAAGAAAGGUAAUAAUUUUAGAUACAAUCAUAAUUCGAUUAAACAGAGAUGUUGAAGGCUUUUGAAAAAAAAAUACACACUUUAGAGUUAUUUAAAGAAGUAAAGGUUUCGAAUAAAUAAGAGGAAUUUUAUGAAAAAAAUAAAGGAUUGUUGAUAACUAGUAUAACUUGUUUUGAAAAUAUGGUAGCCUUUGGAACUAACAGAGCUGUAAUCUAUAUCUAAUUUAAUAACCAAAUAAAUUAGUUGGAGCAAAACAAAAAAAUUAAUCAUAGUCCAAUUAUUUGUCUAAGAUUUUUAGAUAAAGGCACUAAAUUAAUAGGUAUUUCGGAGAAAUAAGUGUUAUUGUACGUUAAAAAUGAAUUUGUAAAGGCAUUUUAAUUGAAAAUAGAAAGUAUUCCUAUUUCAAUGACUGUUUGUUAAAAGUCGAAAAACUUUAAGAUUUAGUUAUUGAUGGCUGAUUCAUUGGGUAAUGUGUAUGGAAUUAGAAUUAAAUAAACCCUAUUAAAAUAUGGAAUGUAGAUGAAAUUAGAAUUAAAAGAGAAUAUUUUAUGUCAUUAGAUUGAAUCUAUAAAUUUUUAAGAUUAGGAAUACAUCCUAUUAACAUUUAAAGACUAAAUACAAUUAGUCAAUUUGAAACCAGAAUAUCAACUACUAAUGAAAUUAAAUUAUAAGGUUCAAGAGAAUAGAAUCAUUUAAGUUAAAUGGUAAAUUGAAAAGAAGACACUCUUAAUAGCAGUUGGUAAUGAUAACACAUUAGAAGUUCUAUCAAUUUAAUUUGAGAAGUAAAAUGAUAGAUUGAAAUCUAAUUUAAACUUGUUAUGUCAAUACAGUUUUAAUAACUAAUAUAUAUAGUAUUUUACUUGGCUGAGCAAUGAUAUUAUAUUUGUUAAACAUGAAAGAAAGUUGUAUUCUUUAAUAGGAAUAUCAGAGAUUCUAAAAUAAAAAGUAGAUAUAAUUUAAAAAUCUUUAAGUCAGGAUAUUAUGAGUUAAAAAAUUGGAGAACUAUUAGUUUUUGAGAAUUCAAUUUGUAAUUUUUAAAAUUAACUGUUCUUUAUUUCCAAUGAAGAAAAGAUAUAUAAAUCAAGAAUAGUAUAAUAUAAAUUAAAUACUUGGGAAGAUUAGAUGUAAUAAUUCCAAUUAAAUAAUGAGUUGAAGGAAUAAUUUGGAAUGGGAUUGUAUUUGUAUUCAGGAAAACUCAUAAAAUUAGGGAAUCUUCCAAGAAUUGGACGAUAAGAGUAUCUAAAACCUCAUUUACACACCUUAGUAUCAAGAUUUGUUGAAAGUAGUGUAAAAUCUUAAUCAUUUAAUUCAAUUUACAUAGCUAUGGAUUUCUUAAUAAUGAUUGAAUCAUAUGAGUUUCUAUUUAACUAAAUAUAUUUAAUCUAUAAAAGUAAUAGAUAUGAAAGGUAAUUUUAUGAAAGUUUGGAAUCUUUUAUAAACAAAGGAGUUAUUAAAUAAAUACCAAUAGAUACUUCAUUGAAGGAUAUACUUGACUAUUUUAGUAAAGGCGAUAAGUUAAAAUUAUUGAAGUUUUUGAUUUUUAAUCUAGACAAAAGCUUUAUUAAUUAUUCUCUUAUCAAAGAAUUCUGUAUUCAAUCCAACUUACAGAGUAUAUUGAUAUACAUUCCACCAAAAGAUAUUGAAGAUUAUAAGACACCUAUAUUGACUAUUUUUGAGAUUUAUCAAUCCUGCUUAAAUAACAAUUCUUAAGUUUUAUAGCAUUAUUUUAAAUCAACAAAGUUGGAUAUAACAAGUCUAAGCCAAAAAUAAAUUGAUGAGUAGAUAUAAUGUUUAGGUUAUAAAUGUAUUUGGUUUAUGAGUUUAAUAUUUAAAGGAGAAUCACUUUCUUAGGAGAAGAUUCCUGAAAAAUAUUGGCCUCAGAUAGUAAUUGAGAUAUUAUAAUGGCUUUUAGAAAGUGAAGUAUUGGAGAGGUUCUUAUAAAUAGAUGCUGGAAUAUUUUUGAAUGAACUCUUGUUAAUUUUAAAGGAUAAUAAGACUUAUAACAAAUUAUAAGGUUUUAAGGAUGCAUUAGAUAAAUAACAAGGUGAACUUUCUGAGAUCAUCAUCAGAAAUAUAUAUACGAAAAUUAAGAAAUUAAAUAUAGUAAGCUAAUUCAAUUGUUUUAUUUUGGAAAUAAUGAAGUUAGGUUAUUAAAUAUCUUAUGAGGAUUUCUUGUAAGUUAUGAUUUACAAUUUAAGAUGCCCAUAUGAGAAUUUAAAGGUGUUUGUAGACAAAAGUAACUUUAAGUUUUAAAAGAUGGAAUAUAAAUUAUAAGAGGACAUGACAGAUUAGGAUAAAAUAAAAAGAGAUAAUUUACUGAUUUAAUAUAUAACAUUUUUCACAACCCAGUUAUUAGGAGAUGAUUAGUAAUUGUAGAGCAUUUUAUCAGAAGCUUCUUGUUCAAUACUUUCAUGUUCAAGAAUUCAAUCUGAAAUAUAUUGUUUAAAAGGAGAUUGGAUAAAAUGUAUUGGUACUAUGCUAGCAUCGUCAUCUCUAAUUGAUAAGGAAUACAUAUUCAAUUAUAUUGAUAGGAUACUCAAUUCAAAUUAAUUUUACAAUUAGAAAGAGGAAAUUAUUAAAUUUUGUGUGACUAUUGUUUAAUAAUUGGCUGAUGUAAGUGUUGAGAAAUUGAAGAUACUUUUGCAAUAUUUUCCUAACUAUUUAUAUAAAUAAGCAAUAGUUAAGUUGGAUAACCAUCCCAAUUUUAAACUAUAUUUGCUGAAUCAAAUAAUAUAAGAUUCUAGGAAUAAGAAUGAAAUAAUUGAUAAAUAAAUUAUGAUCUCCUAUAUAAGGUUAUUGUGCAAGCAUCACCCAUAGGAUGUAUACGAUGAAUUGCAAUUUGGAGAUUUCCCAUAAGAAGAUUGUAUGAUUAUCUGUAAAGAAUAUAAAAUAAUGAAAGGAGUUGCAUUUCUAAAAGAAAGAAGUGGAUGCUUAUAAGAAGCUCUAGACAUAUAUUUUGAUGUUAUCAGAACAGAUUUUAUUGCUCUAGAGAGUGGACACUCUCAACUCGAAUUACAAUAACAAUUACUAAUAUUAAUAUUACCUUGUUUAAAAAUAUGCAGAGAAAACUGUUCUAACGAAGAUGAUAAUUUUCAAUAUUGGUUGACCUGUGUUAAUAGAAUGCUAAUUUUACGUUUAGAAUUCCGUUUAUAGACGAAUAAGUUUAAUUCCAUUAAUAAAUUAUUCUAAGAGAUCUUAAUGGAAAUGUUUGAGAGUGUCCAUCCCAAGUUGAUUAUUAGUAAUUUAAGUUAACUAUUAAAACCUUUUACCCAUAUUGAAGAACUGAGAAGAACAACUGUAACAUUGCAGAAGUUAUGCUUUUUUUAAUUAAUUACACAUGAACAAUUUAUAGGAAAUCAAACUUAUUAAAAUUUUAAAAGAUUAGAGAUAUUAUAUGGUUAAGAAUAAAAAGGGACUCUUUUAAUGGAUAGAUGUCUGGUAUGCUCACAGGAAAAUGAAAAGUAUAUGUAUGCAUUUAUGUCAUGUUGUCACAUUUUUCAUAAGUAAUGUUUGAGACUAAUUAAAAAUGUAAAAGUGUGUAAGAUUUGUUUAGAUAAAGGGAUUCAUUCUGAUUAAUUAAAUGUAUAAUUAGAAAUAUUAGUAGACAACGAUUAUGUAUAACCUGGUGAUUAAUUAAUAAAGUAACCUACAAUAGAAGAGUAGCUACAAUUAUCAAAGUAGGAGUAGAGAUAAUUACGAAUUAAUAAAUUGAAAAUGCUGGAUAUGGAAAAUGAGAUUAAAGAAAUUUUGUACUGA